CGCGGCCGACAGAUGGCGUUGGCCAGAGAACAACAACAAACCCUUCCAUUCAAGUGUGUAGAUUUGGCUCUCCUUUUCACCCUUAACUCAAUGGUGUGAUGCUGUUUCCUGCGACGAGAUGUGACUGCAGGCGGCGGAAAUGACUCCAGGAGGUAGAGGUUUCCAUGCUGCUGCUGUUGAUGAACAUGUCUGCUGUAGAGGAAAUACCUUCCCUAUCCCCAAGUUCCACUGGCACCCAUGAGAUGGAGGACUUCGUGCAGCUGCACUUGGCUGCUCAACCUGCCAGUCUCCCGGACGGCUUGUUAGCCCCUCGAGUGUCCACACCCCCUGUCCCCCGGCCACGUAAAGCAGCCUCUCUGUCCUUGAGCUCCACCCCUAAGCACCCAAACACCCGACACCUGCCUAAUGCACCACCUCAUACCAAUGGCCAUGACUACCACAUGAGUAAAGGCAACCGUAGCCACCACCAGGGCAUGCAGCGUGCACCAUCCCUGGACUCGGCCACCCACAGAGACCUGCCACUCUCCCCUAUCACACGCAUCCGUGGCUCUCAUAGUGACAGGUGCGGCUUCAGCAUUCCACCCCUCUUGCAUCUUGAGACAGAGGAGGACAGCAGCCCGCCAUCACAUCGCAGGAGCUCAACCCGUCUCAACAGUGGACCCCAGCAUGGAAAACACUUCAAAAAGUCACAGCAGCACUCUUACAGCCUCCCUGCCACGCCCAGAGUCAAUGGAAGUUCCCAGCACUCAGGCCUGAAUGGGCACUUCCCCCUUGGCACUUCGCCAUCAUACAGUACCUUGCCAUACAUGCUCCCAUCUCAUGCGCUAGAGCAUAGCAACCAGGAAAACAUAUCACCUAGCAGCAGUCAUUAUAUCACCUGUCAGGCAGGAGUGAGCCACCUGGAGAACUCAGUUUUCUUGGGCCAGCCUGACCCUAAGCUCCCAGGUGCGAUAGACUACAGUAGCUUGCCCCUGCCACACGAAGAUAGUGAACCGGUGCCCAGGAAACCUGACAUGAGCCGACACUUGAGUGAACCAUGCAUAACGGACUCGAGGAGAAGAUGCAACAGCCUGACUUACUCACCGAAGAAGAAGGGCAUGAAAAGCAGAGGGAAAGGGGCCAUACCAGGGAAGGAAAAUGGGCUGAUGGACAACAUCAAAGAAAGUGGGCAGAGUGAAGGGGAGAAUGAGGAGAUCAAUGCUUUGGAAGUGCAGUGGAGGUUUAUACAGACUUUGGUCACAGAGCUGAAUACAACUAAGGCAACUAACCGGAAGCUGAUGGCAGAACUCCACCAAGCCAAGAUGGAGAUACAGGUGUUAAAGGCAUCUCUGGAAUCAUACACUGAAACAGGCCUCCAACCAGGGGCAAUAACAGAAAUGGUUGGGCAGAUUCAUGCAGCUCAGAAAGUGCGGGAUGAAGCUAUGAUGUCGAGGAUUAAGUUAGCCAAUGAGGAACGUGAUGCAGCCUUAACUCAUACACGUGCUCUGAUGGACAAAUUGAGCCUUUCACCAAGAGGCAUGGCAGAUCACAUUGCUAUGGUGGAAACAAAUGAACAAGAUCUUCCAGCGGGUGGUAACAGCAGCUGCACAAGCUCACCGAGACGCAGUGACAGGCGACACAGAAGAUCAAACGACUUUCCCCCAUCUUCAACCCCUUCUGGCACUUCCUACACCUCAGUACCCCCAGCCUUCACACAGGGCUCGGAGCUGAAGUUCUCAGGAGAGCGUGAGGUGGCAACACUAUCCCAACUGGCAACGCUGGAGGAAGAGUUACGCACCUUGAGGCUAGCCACAACCAUUCACCACACACUGCACGAGGGAGGUGAAGGAGGCUUGGGGGAAACUAACCAAGACCAGUUUUAUAUAAUCAAAUGCCUCCGGAUAUAA